AUGUCUUUCUUUCUCGGCCUGACUCUCGAGGCAUUCCCGGCCAACCUCACCAAUUCCCUCGCACAGCCCUUCAUGUCGUACCUGUCGUCUGCCCUCCUCUUAGGCUCUGUCGCUGUGCAGCACAUCCUAGGCAACACCGCCGCCACCCCACCAACAUCUGAUCUCGAGUCCUUCAUACAAAGGCAGUAUCCGAUCGCCUAUGAUGGAGUGCUGUGUAAUAUUGGGUCUGAAGGUUGCCAGGCUCAAGGCUCAAGCCCUGGUGUUGUGAUCGCAUCUCCGAGUCGGGAGGAUCCGCCAUACUUUUACACUUGGACACGGGAUAGCGGACUAGUGUUCAAGUCACUCGUGGACAUCUUCGUCGAUAAAUUUGAUCCUGCCCUACAAGAUAAGAUCCAACAGUACGUGGCUUCUUCGGCUCGGCUACAGGGCGUCAGCAAUCCAUCUGGCGAGCUCUGGAACGGCGAAGGGCUCGGCGAAGCCAAGUUCAAUGUUGAUCUUACGGCAUUCACGAGAGACUGGGGACGGCCACAGCGGGAUGGGCCUGCACUGCGAGCUAUUGCCAUCAUCGGAUAUGCCAAGUGGCUCGUCAGCAAUGGGCAUGCUUCGACAGCUGAAGACGUAUUAUGGCCCGUUAUCCAGAACGACCUCGCCUACGUUGCUCAAUACUGGAAUCAAACGGGCUUCGACCUCUGGGAGGAAGUCUAUGGAAGCUCGUUCUUUACGGCAGCGAGCCAGCACAGAGCUCUCGUUGAGGGUGCCUCGCUUGCCCGAACUCUUGGAUUUCGAUGCUGGUCUUGUGAGGCCAUUGCCCCUCAUAUCCUAUGUUUCAUGCAAUCCUUUUGGUCACCAUCGGCCAAACACAUCCUCGCGAACAUCCAUCACGACAGCAAAAGAUCGGGUCUAGAUGCGAACUCCAUUCUAGGUUCUAUCCACACUUUCGACCCUUUCGCUGGCUGCGACGCUGCAACGUUCCAGCCCUGCAGUGACAGAGCUUUGGCAAGCCACAAGGCAAUAGUUGAUUCCUUCCGCUCCCUGUACAGCAUCAACGACGGCAUCUCCCCCUCAUCUGCUGUAGCGAUCGGUCGGUAUCCAGAGGAUGUGUAUUAUGGCGGCCAGGCAUGGUACCUGACGACACUGGCUGCUGCUGAGCAACUCUAUGACGCACUCCUUGUCUGGAAGCUUCAAGGAUCCAUCACUGUCACAGAGGUCUCCCUAUCCUUUUUCCAACCACAUCUGCCCUCUAUCACCACAGGCACCUAUGAUAACCAGACGUCAGCCUAUGCCACCUUGACGGAUGCCAUCUUCACAUAUGCAGAUGGAUUCGUCAAGACCGUAGCCAACUUUACGCCAGUCGAUGGAAAGCUGGAUGAACAAUUCGACCGCGAUACGGGCGAGCCCCUUUCAGCGCGGGAUCUUACUUGGUCUUACGCCUCUUUCCUGACUGCCAUCAGGCGACGAGCUGGCCUUGAGUCCCCUGGCUGGAUCAAAGCAGAUGCUACUCUGGCCCCGGCGACUUGCUCAGCAACGUCCGUGUUUGGCGUGUACGCCUCAGCGACAGCAACAACCUUUCCACCAAACUUAGUCCCAGGCACACCACCCUCGGAAACCCCCCCUCUCAAAUUUCCCAAACCCUCAACGUGCCUAGUCAGAUUCCAAGAGCGUGUAUCGACUCGGGUAGGACAGGAUAUACGGGUCGUCGGAAACCUGCCGGGUUUGGGAAGAUGGGAUCCCGGGCAUGCCGUGCCCUUGGACGCCUCGCAAUACACGGUUACGGAUCCGUCGUGGCGCGUCACAAUCCCUCUGCCGGCGGGGCAAGUGGUAGAAUACAAAUAUGUGAUGCUUGAAAGUGAUGGCUCCGUGGUCUGGGAAGCAGGGAGCAAUCGAGUGCUGACAGUACCCAGCGAGUGUGAGGGGGAGCUGGAGAGGUCUGAUGAGUGGCAGAGCUGA